ACCUCGUGCGUUAUCGUAAGGGCGUAGCACGUUUUGCCGGUCUGCGUUGCGUGGACGCUGGCGGUUUGCGCUCUCUUGGGUAAAGCAUUUGUGAUAUAACUUAGGUUCGAUCCUAGUAAGUCAUGGCUGCGAUCACAACACUGAAUCCGAAAGCUGAAGUUGCCCGCGCGGCCCAGGCUCUUGCCAUAAAUAUUUCGGCAGCGAAAGGCAUUCAAGAUGUUCUCAAGACCAACUUGGGACCUAAAGGCACCAUGAAGAUGCUUGUUUCUGGUGCAGGUGACAUCAAAAUCACCAAAGAUGGCAAUGUGCUUCUGCAUGAGAUGCAAAUCCAGCACCCGACGGCGUCGCUGAUAGCGCGCGCCUCGACGGCGCAGGACGACAUCACCGGCGACGGCACCACCUCCACAGUGCUGCUGAUCGGCGAGCUGCUCAAGCAGGCCGACCUCUACGUGUCCGAGGGUCUCCACCCGCGAGUGGUGACGGAGGGCUUCGAGCUGGCCAAGAAGAAGACGCUGGAGGUGCUGAACGAGGUGAAGCUGACGCAGCCGGCUUCGCGCGAGGUGCUCAUCAGCGUGGCGCGCAGCAGCCUCAUGACCAAGAUCCACCACGAGUCGGCCGCCCAUCUCACUGAGAUCUGCGUGGACGCCGUGCUGAGCAUCAGGCCCAGCUCGGGUCCGGUGGACCUGCACAUGGUGGAGCUGAUGGAGAUGCAGCACCGCUCAGAGAGCGACAGUGCGCUGGUGCGUGGUAUCGUGAUGGACCAUGGCGCGCGCCACCCGGACAUGCCGAAGCGCGUGCAGAACGCAUACAUCCUCACCUGCAACGUCAGCAUGGAGUAUGAGAAGACCGAGGUCAACUCGGGCUUCUUCUACAAGACGGCCGAGGAGCGCGAGAAGCUGGUGCGGGCCGAACGUGAGUUCAUCGACAACCGCGUGCGCAAGGUGAUCGCCCUGAAGAAGCAGCUGUGCGACGGCACCGACAAGAACUUCGUCGUCAUCAACCAGAAGGGCAUCGACCCCGUGUCGCUGGACAUGCUGGCCCGCGAGGGUAUCGUGGCGCUACGCCGCGCCAAGCGCCGCAACAUGGAGCGGCUGGCGCUGGCGUGCGGCGGUGCCGCCAUGAACUCCCUGGACGACCUGACCGAGGACUGCCUCGGAUACGCCGGGCUCGUGUACGAGCACGUGCUGGGCGAGCAGAAGUUCACGUUCGUGGAGGAGUGCCGCAACCCGCAGUCGGUCACCAUCCUGAUCAAGGCGCCUAACAAGUACACCCUGGACCAGUUCAAGGACGCCAUCCGGGACGGGCUGCGCGCCAUCAAGAACGCGCUGGACGACGGCGCCGUGGUGCCGGGCGCCGGCGCGUUCGAAGUGGCGGCGCACGCGGCGCUCAUGCGCUACCGCCAGGAGGUGCGCGGCCGCGCGCGGCUCGGCGUGCAGGCGUUCGCCGACGCCCUGCUCGUCAUCCCCAAGACGCUGGCCGUCAACGCCGGCUACGACGCGCAGGACACCAUCGUGAAGCUGCAGGAGGAGUACGCGUCGGCCGGCGUGCCCGUCGGCCUGGACAUCGGCAGCGGCGAGGCGCUGGUGCCGGCCGACGCCGGCAUCCUCGACAACUUCUGCGUCAAACACCAGAUGAUCAACUCCUGUGCGGUGAUCGCCGGCAACCUGCUGCUGGUGGACGAGAUUAUGCGAGCUGGUCUCUCCUCUCUCAAGGGCUGAUCGGCCACGCCCGCCCCGGCCUGGCCCGCCGCCGCCGCCGCCGCUGGCGCCGUUGACGCGUACACUGCUGGCCACUCCCGUGUUCCACGCGCUUGCGAUUCCUUUAACAUGUCAUGUGGUUCGUUGAUCGCACUUCACAAUA